CCCUUCUCAGCCUAUCACUGCUGACUUCUCUACCGGAAGUUUUUUCCGAGCUCUACGCGGGAAACCAAUGUUUUCUCUGCUGUCCGCUUGUAGAUUUGACUCCGCGCGGGACGCAGCAGAAAAGUAGUGGGAAAAAAACUGUAGCAAGAUGAAGGUGAUAACAUGUGAGAUUGCGUGGCACAACAAAGAACCUGUCUACAGUCUGGACUUCCAGCACAACUCAGAGGGCCGCAUACACAGGCUGGCCACAGCAGGAGUGGACACCACUGUCAGGUUGUGGCGUGUGGAGAUGGGGCCUGAUGGGAAAGCAGUGGUGGACUUCCUGUCCAACCUUGCACGGCACACCAAGGCUGUCAACGUGGUGCGCUUCUGCCCCAACAGUGAGCUGCUUGCUUCUGGAGGAGAUGAUUCAGCCAUCCUGCUGUGGAAGCUGAAUGACAAUAAGGAGCCUGAGCAGGCCCCGUCGUUCCAGGAGGAGGAGGAUAGUCAGCUCAACAAGGAGAGCUGGAGCGUGGUCAAGACCCUGCGGGGACAUAUUGAGGAUGUAUAUGAUAUCAGCUGGACCCGGGAUGGGAACUUCAUGGUCUCUGGUUCUGUGGACAACACUGCCAUUAUGUGGGAUGUAACAAAGGGUCAGAAGCUGUGCAUCUUUAACGACCAUAAGAGCUAUGUGCAGGGAGUGACCUGGGACCCGCUGGGCCAGUAUGUGGCCACACUCAGCUGUGACAGGGUGAUGCGUGUGUACAGUACUCAGAGCAGGAGGAAAGUCUACAGUGUCAGUAAGAUGAGCUCUGGAUCAGCUGCGGAGGGAGAGGUGAAACAGUACCGAAUGUUCCAUGAUGACAGCAUGAGGUCUUUCUUCAGACGCCUCACCUUCACACCGGACGGCUCCUUCCUGCUCGCCCCAGCAGGGUGUGUGGAGGCGGGGGAGAACAUCACCAACACCACCUACGUCUUCUCCAGAAAGAGCCUCAAGAGGCCCAUAGCUCACCUGCCUUGCCCUGCUAAAGCCACCCUGGCUGUACGCUGUUGCCCUGUCUACUUUGAGCUGAGGACCAAGAAGGGAGAGGAUGGCAGUGCCCAGCCCCUGCCCAACACGUUUGGCUUGCCCUACAGACUGGUGUUUGCUGUGGCCUCUGAGGAUUCCAUCUUCCUCUAUGACACUCAGCAGACCCUACCUUUCGGCUACGUCUCCAACAUCCACUACCACACACUCAGCGACCUCACCUGGUCUCGGGAUGGUUCCUUCCUGGCGGUGUCGUCUACAGAUGGCUACUGCUCCUUCCUGUCCUUCUCCCCUGGCGAGCUGGGCACGCCCCUCAAGGAGCCCCCUGUCCUGGAGGUCGUCACCCCUGGCAACGGGCUCGAAAAGAAGGGCAAGAAGGUUGCAACGGCCCGCACGGUGUCCCCCGUCCCCAAAACAACAGAGAGCACCGCCCCUAUUCACCCCACCCCUAAAGAGGCCCCCAGCACCCCCAUCUCCUCCCUCACCUCCCCUGGCACCCCCCUGACCCCUGGGGGAGAGGAGAAGAAGAACCCUGGUAGGGCCAAGACCCAGCCCCGUAGGAUCACCCUCAACACCCUGGAGGGGUGGGGCAAGCCCAGCACCCCCAAAGCGCCUGCUGCUAGUGCCCCCAAAACCCCCACCACGGCCAGCACCAGCACACCCUCCACCCCUCAGCAGCCUCGCCUCACCCUCUCUACCCCCAACACCCCCCUCGCCCCCUCUAUAGCCCAGCCCUGCCUCACGCCAAAAGCCCAAUGCAGCAGCGGUAAAACCCUGGGCCCCAGCACCCCUAAAGCUAGCACCACCCCUAAAGCUAGCACCACCCCUAAAGGGCCUGCCCCCAGACGGAUAUCUCUAACUCCUGUCAUCUCCAGAUCUCCAGCUGCCUUCAGCACACCCUCCUCCACAGAGAAAGCCAAACAUGAACGGCCCUCUCCCCCCACUGACCCUGUGUGCCAGCCCCCAGAGUCCAAGCGGACCAAAACCAACACCCUGGCAGGCAAGACAGGGGUGGCUCCAGCCUCAGGGUCAACACCCAAACCCUAAGGACCCCACGUUACUAAGAACACUGAAGCAUGAGUACAGAGCAGCACAGAGAGUGGUGUCAACAUGCAACUCACAUAUUAUCCUCCUACACUCACACACACACUUUUGGAGUUUAGCCUACUGAACUGCAUAGACUGGUGUUGUCAGCUAAAACACACAAGUUCACAGAGCGAAGACUGGCAUUUUCCUUCUAACAUUAUUAUGUAUGUUUUUGUAACUUCACGUUCUCAAUCUGUAGCUCUUUUUGGUGGAUAACCAGGUUAUUGUGAAAUUUAAAUAAAGGAUAUGAAACAAAAA